GGCUAUGGACGAUAUGAACCAUGAGAGUGAUGACGGUUAUGAAUCCGCAGAGAGUGGCGAUGAAGAAGCAAUGAACUACGAUGACGAUCUUCUAGUAGAUGAUAAAGUCGAUGACUUUGGUCAGAGUAGGUCUCCACAGGAAAAUUAUAUUGUUUUGGAAGAAGAAGAAAUUGCAAAACUUCAGGAUAAUUAUAUUGCAGAAGUCUCUACCGUUCUCUCCAUAUCCAAAUCCGAUGCAUGCUUACUGCUCCCUCACUUCCAUUGGAGGGUUGAUGAACUAAAGGAUGAAUGGUUUGCCAAUGAAGAUAAAGUUAGAGAAAAGGUAGGUUUGUUGAAGAAACCUAUAGUUGAACAUAAUGCUAGGGCAAAUCUAAGAAUUCCUUGCGGAAUUUGUUUUGAAGAGUACAACUUUGAUCGUUGUAUUUUGUCAGCCUCUUGUGGCCAUCCUUUUUGUCGAGAUUGCUGGGCAGGUUAUAUUAGCAAAACAAUAUGUGACGGUGGUCCGGCGUGUUUGAGGCUAAGGUGUCCUGAACCAUCAUGUAGUGCAGCAGUUGGUCCUGAUUUGAUCCAAAAGGUAUUGUUGAACUCAAACCGAGAAGCUGAGCAUGGCAAGUACAAGACCUAUCUGUUAAGAUCUUACGUCGAAGAUCAGAGGAAGAUCAAGUGGUGUCCUGCCCCGGAUUGUAACUGCGCAAUUCAGUUUGAUACUUUGGGUGGAAUGGUGUCAUAUGAUGUUUCAUGUCUUUGCUCGCAUAGCUAUUGCUGGAAUUGUACUGAGGAGAAUCAUCGUCCUGUGGAUUGCGAAACUGUGGGGAAGUGGAUUUUGAAGAAUAAGGAUGAUUCUCAAAAUGCGCAGUGGAUACUGGUUAAUUCCAAGCCUUGCCCCCAGUGCAAAAGACCAAUUGAGAAGAACCAAGGCUGUAAUCACAUGACGUGCAGUGCUCCCUGUGGGUACCAGUUUUGCUGGUUAUGCCUCGGGCCACAUAAAAAUUACAGAGGUUGCUAUUGCAAUAGUUAUAGGCCGGGGUCAGUUGAUAAUAAUCCCGAGACAUCUAGGAAUAUGAAUGAGACGGCAAGGAAGAGGGCAAAGAAGUAUUUAGAGAGAUAUAUUCAUUACUAUGAACGCUGGGAAAACAAUGGAAGAUCAAAGGGAAAAGCUAUUGAGGAGUUUGAUAAGGUGAAGACCGAGCACAUUAAGCAACUUGGAGAGAUACAUGGAAACACAAAAGAGCAUGAAUACGAUUUUAUCAUAGAGGCCUGGCAACAGAUUAUUGAGUGCAGGCAAGUAUUGCGAUGGACUUAUGCAUAUGGCUACUACAUGCCUGAGGAUGCUUAUGCUAAGAAGCACCUAUUCGAGUGCUUGCAAGGCCAUGCUGAGUUUAGCCUGGAAAGGCUUCACAAUUGCGCUGAGAGCGAACUGCAACAGUUUCUGGUCUUAUCACCAUCAGCAGCUUCUGACACUUUCAAAGAGUUUAAAACAAAACUCGUGGGCCUGACAAAGGUGACCGGAACUUAUUUCAAAAGGUUGGUUACUGCAUUGGAGGAGAGGCUUCCGGAGACGAGCCGAUAUGGAGCUGGGGCUGCUUAUGAGGAGACUGAUUGGACAUGUGACCAAUGUACCUAUAUCAAUGUAGGGUCUGCCGUUACCUGUGCAGCAUGUUUUGAGCAAAAUCCGCAAGGUUACUGGUCUUGUGACCGCUGUACGAUUUUCAAUCCGGUGACUACCACUACUACAAAAAUUGAAUCAGACGACGGUUAA